UGAUGAACUCAAAAACAACAGAGGGAGAGAAUCUCGUUAAUUUGACGGUUAUUCAUUUUUCUGAAAACUAACUUGUGUCAAAAAGUAUUUACAAGUGCCUUAUAUAUUGCACUAACCGACUAACUCUCUAAUAUUUACAACCAUAUGCCUAAACUCCCUAAUAGUUACAAUUAAUACAAUUAUGAAAACUUCCAGUCAAGUCAAGUCACCCCUGGAUCAAAUCCCUUGUGCGUAAUCACCAUAUAUGUAGACUCCUUCAUUUGAUCACUCUUUAACCUUCAUUGUUGUCUCCGGUUGAAAAAAUGGAGAAUUAAUUUUGGAAUCAAUACUUCGGUGAAACCGUGAAAGAAAGGAGUAUUAAUUUCUUGCUUCUGAUUUGGGAACGAGAAGCAGAGCUCUCACGAUUUCUUCGCGGGAAUGAAGAGGUUUUCUGCAUAUUUGGGCAUGAUUUUUUUUGAGAAAGAGAAAGAGGAAGUAACCGGAUUUGGGCAUGAAUUUUUUAUCAGGGUGAAAUUGGAAGUGAAAUUGGACUAUUUUUUUUUUGGAAGGAGGGAGUAGUAUUAUUAAAGUACAAGAGAAAGAAAGAGACGUGUAGUAGUAAAUUUGGCCAAUCAAAUCCUUGUUGUCCAACUGGCCUCUCUUCUCAUUCUCAACUUCACGCACACACACACAGGCACGCUUCUAAAUUUCCUUCCAAGUUCCAUCCAUCCAUCCAUUAAAUCGAAACGAUCCAGAAUCGUCAUCAUCAAAUCAUCACAGACCGCAGGAGAGAAUUUGAGAGUAUGGAGGAUAUCAACAACAACCACCACGAGGGCGGCGCCGUCCAGCAGCGGAGGCCCAAGACCAAGAUCGUCUGCACGCUAGGUCCCGCAUCCCGCUCAGUUCCGAUGCUAGAGAAGCUGCUUAGGGCUGGGAUGAACGUCGCGAGAUUCAAUUUCAGCCAUGGAUCCCACGAAUACCAUCAAGAGACGCUCGAUAAUCUCCGCUCCGCCAUGGAUAACACCGGUAUCCUCUGCGCCGUCAUGCUCGAUACCAAGGGUCCAGAGAUUCGGACUGGGUUUUUAAAAGACCAGAAGCCGAUCCAACUGAAACAGGGUCAGGAGAUCACCAUCUCCACUGAUUAUACCAUUAAAGGUGAUGAGAAUAUGAUCUGCAUGAGCUACAAGAAGUUGGCUGAGGACGUAAAGCCAGGAAUGGUAAUACUAUGUGCAGACGGCACCAUUUCAUUCACUGUUCUGUCUUGUGACAAAGAACAGGGAAUUGUUCGAUGCCGCUGUGAAAACACUGCAGUUCUUGGUGAGAGGAAGAAUGUCAAUCUACCUGGAGUCAUUGUGGACUUGCCAACUUUGACAGAGAAGGACAAGGAAGAUAUCAUGAAGUGGGGAGUUCCCAAUAAAAUUGACAUGAUUGCUCUAUCUUUCGUGCGCAAAGGUUCAGAUCUGAUUGAGGUUAGGAAGCUGCUCGGGGAACAUGCAAAAAAUAUCCUUCUUAUGUCUAAGGUGGAGAAUCAAGAAGGAGUUGCUAAUUUUGAUGAGAUUUUGGCUAACACUGAUGCGUUUAUGGUCGCUAGAGGUGAUUUGGGAAUGGAAAUUCCGAUUGAAAAGAUAUUCUUGGCUCAAAAGGUUAUGAUUUACAAGUGCAACAUCCAAGGGAAGCCUGUUGUAACAGCUACACAAAUGUUGGAGUCAAUGAUCAAAUCUCCUAGGCCGACUAGAGCAGAAGCUACUGAUGUUGCCAAUGCUGUUCUGGAUGGGACUGACUGUGUAAUGCUUAGUGGUGAAACAGCUGCUGGAGCUUAUCCAGAUCUUGCAGUAAGGACCAUGGCCAAAAUCUGCAUUGAAGCAGAAAGUACAAUCGAUUAUGCAGAUGUGUUUAAGCGGAUAAUGGUGAAUGCGCCUGUUCCCAUGAGCCCGUUGGAGAGUCUUGCAUCUUCAGCUGUUCGAACGGCCAACUCGGCUAAAGCAGCUCUUAUUUUAGUCUUAACCCGAGGAGGAAGUACAGCAAAGCUGGUUGCAAAAUACAGGCCUGGGAUGCCUAUUUUGUCGGUGGUUGUCCCGGAGAUUAAGACAGACUCCUUUGAUUGGUCUUGCAGCGAUGAAUCUCCGGCCAGGCAUAGUUUGAUCUUCCGGGGGUUGAUUCCCGUGCUUUGUGCAGGUUCAGCCAGGGCUUCUCACGAGGAAUCCACUGAAGAGGCACUGGAUUUUGCACUUCAGCAUGCUAAAGUAAAAGGGCUGUGCAAACAAGGAGAUGCGAUCGUGGCCUUGCACCGCGUCGGAACUGCUUCUGUCAUCAAGAUUGUGACAGUGAAGUGAAUCUGAUAUGAUUUCUGACUCAAAAGCUUAGGGGUGGUUGUGGUAAACUGAAAAAAUAACGCACUUCAAACUUUUCUUUGUUUAUUUUUUUUUCCUUGUAAAAUCAAGGCAGGUGCCUAGACUACACGUGAUUAUUCGGACUUUUCAUUCAGACCUUUAUUUAGUAUUUGUCCAGCAGAAAUUUUCCAACCCGUUGAGCUGGAACUGGCUGGCCUAUUUUGGCUUUUUGGUUUGUGGUUGAUGCUGCAGAAUGAUCGAAGUUUUUGGUCAUCAAGAGAAAUAUGUUAAAUGCAGGUAUAAAUCUUUGGAGUACUCUCAUAUAGCUUCUCGUGUACUCUUGUAGGCUUUGUAGUAUGUAGAUGUGGCUGAAAUGGGUAAUUACAGCUUGGGAGGUGGUUUUCCUUCUUGGAAAGCACCCCCAUUUUGGAAGAGCAGACAACGGGUGAAAUGGUUUUCAAUUUCUCUGUCGGCUAUUUCUCACUAUCUAGUAUCCAUCAAUCAUACAUCAUGCUCUCCUUUCUAACACCAUGACCAGUGAUACAAAUGUUCCACUUGAUGCAUAUCCGGGCUCAACACCCAGCAACAAACAUGAGGUUUGAUGAAUAUACAUGAGACAUGAAUUACGGAAACAUGAUAUUUACCAAAUCUAAUCAGAGUAGAUGAACAGAAAGACAGUAUGUAUGUAUUGUAUAUAUACAAACAUUAUUCCACAGGGCAAAAUAAAAAGGCAUAGUCCAAUCCAAAGCACAGAUCUAAGUAUGAAGAAUGUAAGUAGUACCCUCCUAAGGUGUAGGUGCAGCGCUAUUGGGAAGAUGGCUCCUGCUGCGAAGAAGAUGAAUUACCAUCGCCAGAUUGGGAAGUAUUGUUGUCAUUAUGAUUAAAAAAGUGACUCACUGGCCAUGGAAUGGGUAAUGAAAACCUCCCACCAAGUUCUCUCCUUCCACUUUCAUUUCUCCUUGUACCAGCAGCAGCAGCAGCAGCAUUGUCACCAAUGAAAGGAGGUUGGAGUUUUGAAUCAUCCUCAGAAGGCAGCUGAUAACGACAAACAGGGCAAGAACUGUGAAGUUGCAACCAAGGGAUAAUACAUCCGGAAUGGAAACAAUGGUGACAAGGCAUUUGCUUAGCCUCUGAACCAAUCUCGAAAUCUUCCAGGCAAACCGAACACUGUAGAGGAGAUGAUGAUGAGUCUUGUUGUUGGUGUUGGAUGUUGACAGUAGGCAGGGCUUCCACGGCGUCUUUCUGUGCGGGCGGAGUGCCGUAUCUGUUGAUAUGGUUGUCAGCUAAGUGCUGGAGCAACAUAUCCAAACCCGCACCCAAAAAAUAAUCCCCCAACGAAGAAGAAAACGGAUUAAUAUGGUUUGAUUCAACAUCAUCGGAAGAACCAGCUUGAAGGUCCAGGAUUGUUUGACUCAAGGGAUUUAUCAGGAUCACCCCCUCUCCGUCAUCGUCAUCAUCUUCUUCGGACCGCAUCCCGGCUCGAAUGCCCUGCAUAAGCCGGAGGAAAGGGGCUGAGCCUGAGUUUCUCCUCCGAAGAGGAAUUAUGGAUCCAAAUCCAGGCGGCAGCUGAUCAAGUUCGGAGUUGUCUUCCUCACGGCCGGCCCUCUCCACCUCCUGGCCUUGCGGACGGCUGGGAUAAUGAGAUUGAGGGGUGGUGUUGAUGAUGCCGAGCAAGAUAGGAGCCCAAAGGGAGAGAGCCCGGUGAUGUGAAUAGUAAUCAUCAUCAUCCUCAUUUGCAUUCCCACCAGGAGGAGGAGGAAGAGGAGACAUUUGCUCUAGGAAGCCGCCUUGGCAGUUGGGGCAUUUCACGGUCUCAAUCUCUAUGAUUGGGCCCACCAUCCGAGAGCAAGCGUGGCACCAAUAUUGCGAUAUGUUUGCUUUCUCCAUUGGCAGCGGCGGUGGCGGACGCGGUGGUUUUCUCCCUCCUGUCUUUUGUAAUCCGUGUCACCACCAGAAACCAAAGACCAAUCAAUGCGCUUAAUUCGAUUUCCAAAUUAAGAAGGGGGAACAUGAAGAGUUAAUGAAGCACGUCGUCUAGAUUACCAGGAGGAAAUCAAAAGCCAGAUAUCUUUUUUAAUUUGGAGGCUGAAAAUGAUUGAUUGAUGACGAUCAAAUCUUACAUCUAUAUAUAUCAGAGGAUCGUGUAGGCCGAAAAACAGAAGCAUCUGGAAUCCUCUCAAUUCAUUAUACACUUGUUUAAUGAGUGAGAAAAAAUCUUUUUUUUACCCGGAAAAAGAAAAGAUUGAAACGUAAAAUGAUGGAUGGCUAGCUGGGUUAAUAAUGAUACUAAAUUAAUAAUCGAACUGAUAACGCGGGAUGAUUUUUGUUCUUUGAACGAACUACAUUUUGCCUCUAAAUUUUGACCCAAUCUAUUAUAAACCUCCCGAAUUUUUAUUUUUAUUUUAUAAUACUACCACAUAUUUGCUUGACUCACACUUAACCUAUCAACUAGGCUUGUCUGUGUCGCGCGUUGUGCGACCAGUUUGUAUUAUAUAAUUAUUAUACUGUGUUUGUAACCAAAAAAUAGUAUUACAGAG